AGAUGUGGUCAGUUCCAUGGGUCUUCACAUAUUUAAAACACAAUUUCCUUCUAUAUUUCCUAGAUGCGGGAUUUUAGUUCAUACCCGUUUGUAUUUUCAUUAUUUUUUUUAUUAGUCAGUUGCACAUAUAUAUGAUCCAUUUGCUAAGGUACCAUAUGGACAUCAUAAAUUCAAUCAUUGAAGAAGUUUUGAAGUGGAUUGCCCCUAAAAUACUUGAAUGUCUAAGUUAUCAGAAAAAUUUCAAUGACUACGUACAAAAAUUUGAAGAAGAGAAAGGGAAGCUGGAGUCCCGACAAAAAGACAUCAAAAACAAAUUGGAAGCACAGCUGCUUCAACCUGGAAAGAUUGCAAGAAAUGAAGUUAAAGGUUGGUUGAAAAAAGCAGAAAAAAUAAUAGGUGAAAAUGGUGAAGAUCUAAUCAACCAAGGGAGGUGUUUCUCACGAAGUUGCCGAGCAAAGGAUCUCAAUGACAGGUCUCAAAAAUUGAAGAAAAUAUGUGAUGAAGGGGAACCAUACACGAAAACUGAUGAGUGCUUGGUUGUCGAUGAUCUCUCAGGAAAAGGAUCUACAAUGUCAACUCAAGAACUACGGGGCAGGGAUGCUAUUAAAGCAAAAAUUCUGGAAUAUUUGGUGGGAGACAAGUUUACAAGAAUUGGAGUUUGUGGAAUUGGUGGUGUAGGCAAAACAGCUAUCGUGAAGCAUGUGCAUGAUGAACUAUUGAAUAAAGAAAAAUUUAAUAAAGUGAUUUUUGUAGUAGUAUCAAAACAGCUUGAUAUUAUCAAGUUACAAAGGGACAUUGCCAGCCGACUAAAAUUGUCUUUGCGAGAGGAUGAGGAUGAAAUUAUGCGAGCAGCAGAGUUAUCAGAAAGAUUAAGAAAGGGUAGUUACUUGCUAAUUUUGGAUGAUGUAUGGCAGAGUUUUGCUCUUGAAGAUGUUGGCAUUCCAGAUCUGGUUGGAGAUAACGGUUGCAAGUUGGUCUUGACAACGCGUUUUCGAGAUGUUGCUAGAAGAAUGGAUUGUAAGGUAGUCGAUGUGGAGCCUCUUCCAAAAGAUGAGGCAUUGCAACUAUUCCUGAGUAAAGUUGGAAAUGACAUUUUGUCUAAUGCUGAAGGAAGAUCAACUUUAAAGCAGAUUGUUGAGGAAUGUGGUGGUCUACCCCUUGCAAUCAUCACGAUAGCUAGUAACAUGAAAGGAAUAUCUAAUCCUUAUUUAUGGGAGAAUACACUCCAUGAGUUGAGAGAGCGUAAAAGAACUGUGGCAGGUACAAGAAUUGUGGGAGCUACAAAAAAUGAUGAUGCAUUUGAGAUAUUAAAAUUCAGUUAUGAUCGUUUGAAAGAUCAAAAAAUGCAAUAUUGCUUCUUAUAUUGUGCAAUGUAUCCUGAAGAUUAUGAAAUCCCUAAAAACGAGUUAAUUGAGUAUUGGAUUGAAGAGGGACUUAUUGAUGAUAAAAUGAAAACAAGGCAUGAGAUGAAUUGUAAGGGUCAUGACAUUUUGAACAAACUUGAAGAUAUCUACUUGUUAGAAUGUGUUAAAACCCUUGAUAGUUCAGUAAUUGAAGAUGAAGGUGAAGAAGCUGUUAAGAUGCAUGAUCUUUUGAGAGUCAUGGCUUUGGAUAUUGUAAGCAAGAGUCCUCGGUUUAUGGUAAAAGCUGGCAAGAACAUGAGAGAGCUACCAGACAUGGAAGAGUGGACAAGAGAUGUGGAGAAGGUUUCAUUAAUGAGGAAUUCUAUAGAAGAAAUCCGUAAUGAUUUGUCAUCUCCAAAUUGCCAAAUGCUCACAACUUUAUUGCUAUCUUAUAACAACUUAUCAACAAUUCCGGAUUCUUUUUUUGGAAAGAUGAAGAGACUCAAGAUUCUUGAUCUUUCACACAAUAGUGGGAUGAAGAGCUUGCCAACAUCUAUCUCCUAUUUGGAAGAUCUCACUACACUAUUAUUGAAUUGCUGUGAGUCAAUAACAGAGGUACCAUCUCUAUCCAAGUGUAAGGCCUUAAUAAAGUUAGACCUUCACAAGACUGGAAUUGAAGAAGUUCCUGAAGGAAUGGAAAUGUUGGUGAAACUCAAAUAUCUUGAUCUAAGCCUUACAAAAAUAAGACAACUUCCCGAAGGAACAUUAUCAAAGCUCCUCUGUCUUCAAAGAUUAAGUUUAAUAAUAUCCGGGAUAGCAGUAAAAGCUGAAGAGUUGGCAAUGUUAAAGAAGUUGGAGUCAUUUGAUGGUCUGCUUCGAGGCUGGGAUGAGAUGAGCAUUUGCAUCCAAUUGAUGCAAAAUAGGAGGAAUUGGCUUAGAGAUUAUAGAAUUCAAGUUGGAGAAGUACAUGAGUCACUUCAGUCAGCAUGUGCAAUUGUUAACUCUCAGAGUCUGGAGUUUGUUUUCUCCUUAUGGUUCAACCCACUUAAAACCCUUCACACUUUGGUGCUAUUUGCAUUAGGAAACUUGAGAUCCCUGUUUGAAGAAGAAGCUCUUGCUUUGUCAUCGUAUACUUUUCCUUUGAAAACUAUUGGUAUUGUCAUGUGUCCUAAAUUAAAGAAGUUGUUCUGGCCUAGGUUGUUGCUUGGGCCCCUCCAGAAACUAGAAUACAUUGUUGUGAAAGAUUGUGAAGAAUUGGAGGAGAUAAUUGCAUCGGAGCCAACAGAAGAAGCAAGAGUUGAACUUCCUCUCCCCAAACUAAAAAUAUUCGGCCUGGCUAACUUGUUGAAAUUAAAGAGCAUUUGUGGCAAAACCAGAGUUUUGGUUUGUGAUUCUCUGGAGGAGUUUGGAAUAAAAGAUUGUAAAAGUUUGAAAAGGGUUCCUUUGUAUCUUCCUCAACUUGACAAGGGCCAAUCAUCUCAUCCUCCUCUUAGAGAAAUCCAUGUUUGUCCACGAGAGUUGUGGGAAUCAUUGGAGUGGGACUAUCCAAAUGCAAAGGACAUGCUUUUUCGGUUUUGUGAUUUUUCUGGUUCCUGGUUCUAAUUAAGGCCCAUCCUAACCCAAUGCAAAUUCAAGGAUUGGAUGAGUGUACGCUAUCUCAUAAUUUGGCAAAAUAAAGACAUGUUCCUGCAAGCUGGGGUGAAACAUCAAAAUGAAGCAAGAUGAAAACACGGUUCCUCGCCAAGGUUAUGGUUCUUUAAUUGUUUUUCUUUCUUUGAUGUGCUUCUUCAUGUCAAACUCUAAGUGCAAUGCUUCAGGUGGGAGUAAUUGCCUUUCAUUAUGUGUGUAUUAUGACUUUCAAAUCAUAAGUGUUUCUUUUGUUUGUGUUGUAUUAGCCUAUGCUUGGAACUCAAUUGGUUUUUUUUUUUUUUUUGAAUGAAUUCAUUUAUUUCCU